AAAAUGCAUUCACGGAUAUUGUUACUACUUUUGAUGUUCGCAUUCAAUGUCGGCCUAAUCAAUUGUGGUCAAAGUCUUGUAUCACCUCAAUCAAACUGUAAAAUCAGGUGCGAAAAUGGUGGAAUGUGUGUUUUCGAUUUGGAGCGACCCGAUUUUCAUUCAUGCAUCUGUCUUUUGGGGGUCUACACUGGGGACAGAUGUCAGAUUAGAAUUGCUCCCGAAGAUAUUGAAACAACUGCAACAUCCGAUGAAACAUCACACCCAAUGAAUAUCCAACAUCAGCAAUCUCAAGCUGAUAUUGAUGAUGCUCGACGACGUGACGAUGAGAGAAAACGUGAGUACGAGAGACAAGUCGCCGAGAGGACACGCAAAGAAAAAGAGGAUCGAGAGAGAGCAUCAGAUGAAGAGAGACGCCGACAACAACACGAACAGUAUUGGAAAGAGGAGACAGCUCGCCGUGAGCAACAACGAGCUGAAGCCGAACGAAGAAUUCAGGAACAAAGAGUACGUGAUGAUGAGAGACGCAGACAACACGAGGCUGAAAGAUCACAAAUUGAAGAGAGACGUAGAGAGGAAGAAAGCCGCCGAUUGGCUGCACAACGAGAAACCGAUGAAGCAAGAGUAAGAGAUGAAGAGAGACGGAGACAAGAAACAGAAAAAGAAGUAGAAAAGGAAUUAAAUGAUAAAAGGACACAAUCAAUGAAUGAACAAUUUGAAUAUGAAGGUGGAGAUGAAGAAUAUCCACAAGUUGCUGAAAAAGAAGAUGAAUAUGAUGAAGGGUAUGAGACAGAUAAUACUGAAGAUGUUACAAUCACAACUACAAAAACUACAAAACUUAUGAAGCCUAUGGUAGAAGAGAGUAAAGGAGUAGAUGGAGAUGAUGGAAGUGAUAUGAUUAUGGAAAAAGAUGAAAUGGAAGAUGAUAAAGAACCAAUUAGAAAAGAAGAUGAAAAACUUAUUGAUUCGAUUAAACAUGUCUUCAAUAAAGCAGUCGAUGAAACUGUAAAAGAACAUCCAAUCGAGGAAGACGAGUAUUGGGAUGAAACUUCCAAAAAAACAGACGAAGAUAGUUGGACGGCAGAAAAUGAAGGAACCAAGAAAACAGAAGAAGCCGAUGAAUACGGUAUGGAAGAAGGUACAGAAGGAUGGAUGAUGGUGAAAAAAGAAAAUGAAAAUGCAGCGGUUGGAACUACAGUAUCCUUGAUUACUGUAACUUUCCUAUUCACACUUAUCUUCUAAAUAUCAUGAAAAAAGUAUUCUCAAACUCCCAGUUUCCCUGUUAAGUACCAAAUGUUCUGCCUUAUUUUCUAGUUUCACGGGUUUCUUUUCAUUGAAUUUAUCACACCUACUUUUGCUCAUUUCCUUUCAUUUUCCUAACUCAUAUCUCACUUUUUUCUCAUUUUUAAAUUCAGUUUAACCUUACAGUAUUAAUUAUUGUUUUUUCAAUACUACUUUAUCCUUGAUAAUUCCUAAAAUAAUAAUAAACGCUUACGUAAACCAAU